AUGGCGACUCUCCGCGUAUCGAGGCGCCCGACAUGCGCUCUCGCCAUCAACUCCCUGACACCGCAGACCAGCACAACGACAUCGUCCGUGACCUCGACGCCGCUGGCGCCGGGCUUCCUCUCGGCGCAGACGCAGCAGCAGACGCGCAACGCCAACCUGAUCCGCCGGCACAAGCGGCCGUACAUGUUCACGCAGCUGGUGCAGCUCUCAGACGGCUCCACGUACACGAUGCGCACCACGUCGCCCUACGCCCUCUACAAGUCCGUCAAGGACACGCGCAACCACCUGCUCUGGAACCCCAGCGAGCGCACCCUCAAGAACGUCGAGGUCGACGAGGCUGGUAAGCUGGCCGCCUUCAGAGAACGCUUUGGCCGGACUUGGGAUCUGCCGGGCUCGGGCGCCGAGGAGGAAGCAGGUGCAGAUGAUGCGGCCGAGGGCACCAAGAAGGUCGCCGCCAAGGCCGUUGAGGAGGAUCCGUUUUCUCUGGAUGAGUUGGUCUCUCGAUAUGCCGUGGAGAUAAAAGAUGAGAAGCCAAAGGCGGCCCCGAAGAAGAAGUGA